CUCCGGCCUCUCUCAAGAGUGGAGGGAAAACGAUGGAGACCGAGUCCCGGGCGCAAACAACAAAUCAGACGCAAACAGAUUCAUUAUCUCCAUCCCCUAAUCCUGUGUCACCUGUGCCUUUGAAUAACCCAACAAGCACCCCAAGAUACGGAACUGUGAUCCCUAAUCGCAUCUUUGUAGGAGGAAUUGACUUUAAGACAAAUGAAAAUGAUUUAAGAAAAUUUUUUUCCCAGUAUGGGUCUGUAAAAGAAGUGAAGAUUGUUAAUGACAGAGCUGGAGUGUCCAAAGGGUAUGGUUUCAUCACUUUUGAAACUCAAGAAGAUGCACAAAAGAUCUUACAAGAGGCUGAAAAACUUAAUUAUAAGGAUAAGAAACUGAACAUUGGUCCAGCAAUAAGAAAACAACAAGUAGGGAUUCCUCGUUCUAGUAUAAUGCCAGCUGCUGGAACAAUGUAUUUAACCACUUCAACUGGAUAUCCAUAUACUUACCAUAAUGGCGUUGCUUACUUUCAUACUCCAGAAGUAACUUCUGUCCCACCAUCUUGGCCUUCACGUUCCAUAUCUAGUUCUCCUGUGAUGGUAGCUCAGCCGGUUUACCAACAGCCUGCAUAUCACUACCAGGCCCCAGCACAGUGUCUACCAGGGCAGUGGCAGUGGGGGGUUCCCCAGUCCCCUGCAUCUUCUGCUCCAUUCUUGUAUCUGCAACCUUCUGAGGUUAUCUAUCAACCAGUAGAAAUUGCACAAGAUGGUGGCUGUGUUCCUCCUCCACUGUCUCUGAUGGAAGCUUCAGUUCCAGAGCCUUAUUCUGACCAUGGAGUUCAAGCAGCAUAUCACCAGGUUUAUGCUUCAAGUGCCAUUGCUAUGCCUGCACCUAUGAUGCAACCUGAGCCAAUUAAAACAGUGUGGAGCAUUCAUUAUUAAGACAAUUGGGCAG